UCCAUUUGCGUCUCCGCCCGACCGGUCAUCAGCGCCCUGUCCCACUCUGCUCCUGGGUCUCUGCUGCCAUCAGCCAGUUUCUGAUGCAGGUUUCUUUAAAUCCUCUUUGUGUUUCAGAAGUCACACUUCCCCGAACGCCUUUAGCACCAACACUGUAUUUGCACACGUUCAUGCGCACAAAACAGGAAACACUAUUAAAAGACAGUGAGAGGUGUUAAGGCCGUUCCUAAAUAACUCCUGAUCCUCUUCUCAUGAAGAAAAGAUGAAGUCAGAGUUUAAAUCUUUUCUGUCUGUAUCAGGAUGGCAGCAAACAUCUGCUGCUGUCUUUUUGCCUUUUUCCUGAGCUGUAAAGUCACUGCAGGUUUGAUGCAUGAAGUGGCUGAAGAAGAGCGCUCCGUUGUUCUGAGGUGUCCUCUCUCCGAGGAGCGCAGAGUGACGUGGAGCAGAGAGAGAAAUGACAGCAGAGAGGAGAUCCUAACAGCCGAUGGCGGACGUUUAAUAAGACACGAUGACAUCACCAAGCAGUACACUGCAUACGACGACCUGUCGCUCUACAUUUACAGAGCUGCUGUCUUGCACUCGGGAACCUACUUCUGUGACGAUAAAGCUGCUGUGGCGCUCACAGUGAUCCCGUCAGGAACAAUGAGACUCGCUGUUGUCGGGGGGAGGAACGUCACCCUGAGAUGCCCUCAAGCUGGUCGAAGAUCAGGAAGUCCAUCGUGGAGCAGAAGUUUUGCUGGAAAACAACAGAUAGUCUGCCCUCAUGCUUCCACUGUGGGCCAGAUGUUGAUUAUUCCAGAUGUUCAGCUUGCUGACUCUGGACUGUACCACUGUGAUGGAAAACCAGCUGCUUAUCUAAAAGUGAUCAAGGAGGAGAAAUCUGACAGCGGUGAGAAUAAGACAGUGAAUAUAAAAUAUCUCAUGGUAGUGACCUUGGGGCGGGGUGUGGUUUGUGGCUCAGCUGCCUGGGAGGGGUGGAGCAAUGGAUUCAGGGUGUGGUGUCAGGGGAGGUUUACUCACACACGUGACCUAAUUAUCCAAUCAUGUUGCUGGGACCUGAGAUACCUGUGUGUGACACAGAAGGAGGGCAGCUGGAAAGCUGGAAAAUAAAAGACAUUUAAAAAGUGCAACUCUGCUUGGCCAGAUGGCCAUGCAGCGGCCA